CUGUAGAGUACUACAGUAUUUCACAUUUCAAAUAUAUAUAUCUCUCUUCCUGGCUAUUUUCUAAAUUUGAUCUCCAUUCAUUCACAGGAGAAUGUUAAUGAACGAAUAGUUCUAAAAUCUUUAGAAAGGAAGGAAGACCAUACAGAAUAAUAGGACUUCACAAGAUUUUAAAAAUCCCCUUUAGUCUACUGAAUAAAUGUUCCUUGUGAAAAAUACUUUAGGUCUCCUCUGAGUGAUGUCAAUGAGAAUUUGCCAUUGAUUAUAUAGUAGCAGGAUUUGGUCUUUAAACUUUCCAGAAAAACUGAAUAUAAAUUGGCUUUAUGCACCCAAAUUGUUUUACAAUAACAUUAUGCAGAACAAGAAAAAUUAGUGACCAUUAUGCACUCAACAAAGAUUCAUAUUACCGUAUACUGUACACUUAGACUGUUUUAUAACUAAGGAAGAGAAUGUUGACAAGACCAUGGGAUUUAUCCCUGACUCUAAAAGUUCUGUGUGAGUGAUUAACUUCCACUUGGAUAGCCAUGUGAUAUAGACAAUAUGGACCCGGUUUAAUGUCUCAUCAGAGGUACAGUAUCCUUAAUUGCAUUUUCAACACUGGUUAUAAGCCCUAAUUCUAGUAUGAAAUUUGGACCCACAGUCUUCUGGUCCAAGGAUGAGUGCUACCAACUGAAUUAUAAUGGAACUAAGAAAAUUGUAAUUUAUUUUUUUUAAAUUAUAUUUUACAAUAGUUUGAUAUCAAAAAGGAAAUGUACAAAGAGAAGAUUCUAGAGUUACUCUCACAUCACCAACAUUAAGUCUGUUCUAUGUAACAUUUACAAGUCCUCCGUAUAUAAAGGCAAAGAAGACAGAUAAUACAGAAACAUUUUUAAAAAUGGCAUUGUAUUAGAGAUUUUUGAACACCCAGAUGGAUUUAUUCUAGAAGCCUGCUUGACAAUGUCAAGGCAGAACUGUUUAGAAAGGACAGGUGCCAUAAAGGACCAAAAGAAUGGACAAAAUGGCAGAUUACAUGUGUUUGGUCCAAAAGAAGAAGUGAUUAUUGAACCAAUUCAAACAAUGCCAUGCCCUGAGCUGUAUUACAGGCAGUUAAUUGAAUGGAGUAUGUGUAGAAGAACAGGGGAAUAUUCUCAACAUGGAUGGGGAACUAAUCAGCAUGGAUUUGGACCAGAAUCUACAAACAAAGUUUAUACCCCAACAAAACAAAUCUCAUUAUGUGCAGCUAAAUCAACUUUUGAAAAAUGGGACGCUUCUGCAAAAAUUAUAAAAAAGAAAACUUCAUCUAGGAUUCAAGAGACUAAUUUAAGAUCACCCCAGUACAUACAAGAAACUACAGAUGAUAAAGAAAAAAAUUCCAGAAAUAUAGAAAAGCCAGCAAAUAAUGAACUCAGCACUGAAUUUCCGACAAAUAGUAUUGAGGACCAUAAUACUGAUGAGCAGCUGUCAGAAACUACAGAUGACGAUGAAAGCAGCAGUGAAAAUGAAGAUAGAAAAAUAAAUGCACCAAUAGAGUUGCUGGGAGAGUUCCUGAAAGCAAUUAUGGAUCAAGACUACAGUCUCUCAAAAAAACUUUGUCAGAUGAUUCUAAUCUAUGAACCAGAAAAUACUGAGGCCAAGCAGUUUCUUCCACUUCUUGAAGAAAAGUUGCUGAUAGAAAGUACACAGAAUUUUGGUGAUGAAGAGGGUGAAGAAACGGAUGAAGGAAGCAGUGAGAACAGUGAAGAGGAUACUAGCAGUUCAGAUAGCAGUGAUGAUGAUGGAGAAGAAAGUUCUGGUGAUUCUGAUGAAAACGUAUAGCAGUUUGGUAAUUCUUCUAUACUCCCUAUAGGUUGAUUAUUUUGAUUCUUCUGUACAGUCACUUUUUAAACACCAUAUUAAAAUGCACUGUUUAAUCAUUAUCACUUUUCUCCCUCUUAAACUGCUGCAUUCUUUUGCAUAUAGAUUGCCUCCCCACUCACACACAGCCCACCAUACCAGUGGUUCUCAACCAAGGGCACAUGUACCCCCCGGGAGUACACAGAGGUCUUCCAGGGGGUACAUCAACUCAUCUAGAUACUUAACUAGUUUUACAACAGGCUAAUAAAAAGCACUAGCAAAGUCAGUACAAAGUAAAAUUUCAUAAAGACAAAAUGAGAGAGCAAGCAAUUUUGCAGUAAUAGUGUGCUGUGACACUUUUGUAUUUUUAUGUGAUUAUGUAAGCAAAUAGUUUAAGUGAGGUGAAACUUGGGGGUAAGCAAGACAAAUCCGACUCCUGAAAGGGGUACAGUAGUCUGGAAAGGUUGAGAGCCACUUCACCAGCCUAGUCUUGUUCCAUAGCAUAUUUGAUGAUAUAGACAGAAUUGAUCUCCUUAGACGUAACUCCUAAAAAAUGUUCCUGUUGGAGCAAUCAGGUAGAUGAAAAGCUAGGCUGCUUGUCAUCAGUUGAGCAAAGACAUGAAUUUUUAUUGAGGAAUUUUGUGCUUUCAAAAUUCAUUGACAGCAGUUCAGCAGGGCAAUAAAAUCUUCCUAAAUGAUUGUGCAGAGCAAAUGAUUUCACACAAUGCUGGUAAGACUCUGAAUUGGGGUAAAAAGCCUCUUUAAAAUUUAAAGAUAAAUAUUCAGCUUCUUGGAAGAAAUCAAACAAACAGGUUUUCAAACAAAUAUUUUGUGUUACAAAAUGUUGUCAUUAAACCAUAUCUUUGGAAAUACCUGCUAAAAUUCUGUUCAUGCACCCUGUCUUCUCCCACCUCACUCCCCCACAAUUUAACUUAGAUAAUUACAGUAGCCCUGACAUAAGGGGGUACAACUUCAGUGGAAGUUUCUUGGCCAGAUUUGGAGACAAAACUUACAUUGCUGUUUAAGAUUUGUCAGGUAUAAAGUUAAUCAGAAAAUAUAUGUAAGUAAUAAAGAAGAGUAAAUUGUACCAAUUUGGCAUUCAGCGGGUGUGCAAAGUGAGGAUAACAAACACAUUCAAGUGGCAUGGAAUGCAGCAGAAAAAGCAGUAGACAGCAUGAUGUGAAAAAAUGCAUUCAAGACUUGGACUGAACACUUAUGUUUUCUGUAGUCUAACCAUGAAAAACAUUCAUAUUUUUUAAUACAGCAUUCUUGUGUGCAGAAGACAUGUCACAGUAAACAUGUAACCAUCUUGUGUUUCAUGCACCAGUACACUUAAGUAUAGUGUUGCUUUUUCGCUCCUAACAUUUCAGGACCCCUUGUUAAUGUCAGUAGCUAUAUGACCCCAUGGUUCUUGUUGUAGCACCUAAUUGUUACUUGCUUUUUCUUCAGUGUAACAAAUGUGUUGAUUAAUGAAGUUAUUAAAUGUAACAGAAUAAAUGUUUUGCUUGUUUA